GCAUGAGGUCCCCCUGCCCCUGCUCCAGAGAGGAAGGCAGAGUUGAGGGAGUGCCUUGGAGGGCACCAAUCACCCAGGUGCCCUCACUGCCACUCGGGCCUGAAGGAGAAUCUUCAGCAGGGUCACAGGAGCUGUUCUGUCCUGGCUUUCUUUGCAGUUGAACCUGAUGAUAAAGGCGAUCCAGCUUCUAAACCCAUGUCUGUGAAUGACCGUCUGAGAGAUGCUGAGGGUGUGUCUGCAGGGAGGACUUUUCAGACUCCUUUGCUGGUUACUGCACGCAGGCCUGGCUCCCAUCGCAGGGGUCCUCCGAGGGGAAAGAACAAAGCUACAGGACACAAGGAAUCCCAUGAGCCAUCUGAACACAUGAGGCAAAUGCUGAAGGAAAUGCAGCAGGCAGGAGGACAAGGAGAGCCUGUGCAGAUGGAAGCAUUUCCCAGAGGAAGCAGUGCUUCCAUGCCAGCCUCUGCUGCAGGAAGGGAGGCAAUGCCAGGCACAGGCACAGGAGAUUGGGAUCGUGACUUGCAUCAUUUGGAAAUGCUGGUAAACCAUGGUUUAAGGAUCUUGGAGCUUGAUGAAGCUGAACUUGAUGAAGAUGAUGAUGUCGAUGAAGAUGAUCUGGAUUCCCAACCCAUACCCAUUACUGAGCCUCUGGAAGAUGCUGAGGGUGUGUCUGCAGGGAGGACUUUCCCAGGUCCAUUGGUGGAUGUUGCACGCAGGACCAGCUCCCGUCGCAGGGGUUCCCUGAGAAUGGAGAAAAUACCUAGAGGAGACAGUAAGUCCCUGGAGGCACCCAAACCCAUGGAGAAGUUGCCGGGUGAUCUGGAGAGACGCCGUGAUGCAGCCGGCAUCACAACACAUGCUGACAACAUCUGGGAAAGCACGAGAAGAGUUUUCUGCUGGGGAACACCUUGUUUGAAGAAGUUGAUGGCCAUUGUGGCUGGUGCAGCACUGUGCCUGAUGAUGUGCUGUGCUGCAAUCUGGUAUUGCUGGAAGAGAAACUGGCAUCACAUUGAAGAAAAACUGAAAGCUGCUGGCUGGUCACGAGAUCUUUACUGCUGGAAGAGCAACAGCAGCAUCUCCGACUCGGACGAGUUUUCGUUUUAGCACCUCCAAUCUCUACGGUGACUCAAGGUCGCCUCCUUCCAGGGCUGAAGGCGAAAGUCUCCAGGAAAGGCUGUGGGAAGUUCUCAAGUGAAGACUGACUGAGAGCUUCCAAAAUCAGCUUCAAAAUUUUCAAAGUAGUUUUGGAAUCUGGAGAAGACAACCUUAUUUUCUAUUAGCUUUUAAUUUUUAGAAAUAUUUAGAAAUAGUUUUUGUAGAGACAAAUCCCCCAAUGUUUCUUCCCCAUUUCCACAAUAUGUCUGUGUUUUUGAAAGUAGUUUUAUAGUUCUAGAAAGGUUUUUUGCACUAAUACAAUAAAAUAAAAUGGCAUUUCA